AUGUCUCAACGACAAGAUUCCGAGGAGCUUGCAUCCCAGGUUCAGAAGAGACUGAUGGCGUUACAAGUACGUUUCGAGGAGGACGUCUUUGUAAGCAUACCUGCGAAGAUAAGUCGUAUUCAGACUCUCUUGGAGACAAGCCCCUAUCUGCAGCCCGCAUACAUUACCGAGUUCUCUGCCAACGUUGCUACGCUCCUGAAGAGUGCGUACCCUACAGCAGAAAACCCGGCUGGUGACACAAAGGGCCUGGUCAAGGAGCUCUCUAUUUGUCCGGUCACCAUCAUUGAAACCCAAACUCUUUUGACGAGCGAAAUGAACGCUGUCCAGCGACUCAUUGCGCGCAUUAUGUUUAACCUCGUCUAUCUUGGGACGCGAGACGAGUUUCGCUUGGAGAGCGAGAGUAUCAUCGACCAGGCCACAACGCAGUGUGGCAACCUGCACUCUAGUAUUACCGCCCUGCUUCAGCGGGCGACGCACUAUCAGAUCACAAGGGGAGCAUUUGUGGCGAAGCUCAAGAAAACGGGGCUCUUUGAUUUCGCAAAGUCCAUUACCGAGAUCGACACGAGCCUCCUGUCGCAGUAUGCGGCGGACUUGCGUACGAUCCAGAGCGGCAUGCACCUGGCGGCGUAUGCGCUUGUGCGGCUGUUCCGGGACCAACGCGUCCGAGUUGGGAGUGAAUGA